AUGUCUGCCACCAUGGACGAAAAGGCUCAAGACGUCCCAGCGAGCAUCGCGAAAGACACCGCCGAUGCCAAAUAUGAUGAGAACGUUGACAACUCCCAAGACAAUCUCGUCUACGACAAUGCUGAAGAGGAGCCUGAGUUACACGCCCGGACUAUCGUUGCGUGCAUGGCCAUGUUCCUCCUCAACUUGGUUCAGGUCUUCGCAUUGCAAGGCCCUCCAGCAGUGCUGUCCUAUAUAGGCGCAAGUCUCGAUGCUAGCGAGAGACAGACCUGGAUAACCAACUCUCUGUCACUUGUGCAAGCCGUUUUAGGACCAAUAAUCGCUUCUGCAUCCGACACCUUCCAAGCGAGAAAGAUCAUCUUGGUCUCCACCUGCACUAUCUCCUUCAUCGGCUGCGCCAUCGCUCCAGGCGCUCAGUCGAUCGCCAGACUAAUCGCCGCGCAAACCCUCAUAGGUUUCGGCUUCGCUGCAGUGCCUCUGGCAUACUGCGUGCCCAGCGAGAUCCUCCCUCGGAAAUGGAGACCGGCAGUCCAAGGUGUGAUGAAUAUUGCUGCUUCAAUAGGAGCGAUUUCUGGACCGCUUAUUAUUGGAGCACUCACGCGCUCGGAUCUGGUCAAUGGCUGGCGAGAUUUCUACUGGGUACAGUUUGCGCUUUGGGGAUUGACUGCGCUGGGAUUGUUGUUUGGUUACAGACCUCCGAAGAGACACACGAGAUAUGACCACUUGAGCUUGUGGCAGAAGAUCGGACAGCUCGAUCUUAUUGGAUUCUCUUUGCUGACUACUGGGUUGGCCUUGUUCCUGACGGGAAUGAACUUGGGCGGAGAGCAGUAUCCUUGGAGCAAUGCACGAGUUCUGGCGACUCUCAUUAUUGGGAUCGCACUUCUCGUUGGAUUCGGACUCUACGAGUGGAAGGGUACAGCAACAGGGAUUCUCCACCACGAGCUCUUCCGCAACGAGGAAGGGCAUGGCCGAGCAUUUGCCCUCUGUGUCAUGCUCAUCUUCAUCGAGGGGAUUUUGCUAUUCGCCGUUGUCAUCUUCUACCCGAUCCUUACUGUGAACCUCUUCGAGACGGAUCCAUUCCUCCAAGUUGCUCGAGCGCAGCCAUUUUGGGUCGCAAACCUUUUCGUCACGGGGCUCUACGGGUACUGGAGUACACGACUUCGAUCUCUUCGUGCACCACUGGCAGUGGGCUUCCUGCUCCUGACAGCAGGAGCCGUGGGCUUGGCCACAGUCCAACCAAGUGACUCGACCAGUGCAAUUGUGUUCGACGGACUCGCUGGCAUUGGCUUCGGAUCUCCAUUGGUCUUGAUCGUAGCAGCAGUGCAGCUCGCUGUGCCUCACCAUCUGAUCGCCACUGCAACUGCAGUCACAACAUCUGCCCGAGCAGUAGCAGCGACCAUCUUCACAGCGAGCUAUUUUGCAGCCUACAGCGAUCGAGCCGCAAGAUUCGUGCCUCAAGAUGUUGCUCCCGCAGCACUUGGAGCCGGACUACCGAGCAGUUCACUGAUGCCCUUCGUAGCCGGGCUUUCAGCGCACAAUCAGACAGCCUUGUCCUCGAUUCCAGGUGUCACUCCCGCGAUCAUCAGCGCCGGAACAGCAGCUUUGAAACAAGCAAUGGCGGGUUCGAUUCGCGUGGUGUACAUCAUUGCAGCUCCUUUUGGGGCCGUCGCUGUCAUUGCUUGCUUCUUUCUGGGAGACCUGAGCAAAGUCAUGAACUACAGGGUCGAUGCGCCUGUUGAGAGGUUGCGUGCGAAGCAUGAAAGACAGUGA